CAACCCCACAUCAUAGACCACCUGAGUUACAUCCAGGCAGUGUAUUUUGAGAAUAAAGUCAUAAUAUUACAAGAACUCCUACAUGAUAAAGCAGUUUUGAACAUUGAGCAUCUUGUUCAGAUAUGUUUUGUUAUAGUGUUAACUCCAUAUGAUAAACUGUGGCAUUAUAGUUAAUGGCUGCAUUGACUGAUUUAGUUGUCACAUAAUGUGGAUGGAAGCACAUUACACCACCAGUAACCCAAAAGUCAUCGUGAACUACUACAUAAACACAGUGACACACAUAGAGGAUAUCCACAGCAGGUGCGAGCUGACCCAGGAAUGGAAAAUGGACAUAUCAUGUAAUACUGACUUUUUUUCUCAUUUUAUGCCUCUGCCCACUGAGGCUGGAGGCAUACUGUUCUCUGGCUGUUUGUGUGUUAGUGUGGUGUCCGUCCAUCACGGGUGGUCUUGUAUGAUAUCUCCUGAAUGAAAUUUACUUUUACUUAGAAAUAGGUAGGGUACCUCCAUUAUGGUAGUACCCAGUCUGAUUAGAUUUGGGCAUGAAAGGUCAAAGGUCAAGGUCAUUUAUGAUGAUUGGUAAUAUAAAACUGGCAUUUUUUCUAAUUCCUUGACAGUACAAAUAAAAUACCUGGUUAAGUGAUAUAAAUAUCAAAGAACAAGUCUUGUUUAGACAUUGUUGAUGUAGUUACAGACUUUUUAGAAUAUUUAAGUCCAAAAAUAGAGGUAAAAAGGUAAUUGCAUGCCCAGUAAAUGCAGAUGACUAGGGCAGGCGGAGGCAUACCAUUCAYUGCUUUGGCAUCGAGUUCUACCUUGUCUUUAUUCUUGUAAUUUUAUCAUGACUUUAUUCUCGUAAUAAAAACUCAAAUCUUGCGUAGCCCUAAUACUCCAUUGUAGAUUUUCAUGGAACUCUCGGUCACUGGACUCUUUAAAGUCACUCCAUUUUUAAAUGGUUGCCACAGCCAACUGAAUAUAAACAAUACAACAAAAAUCACUACCUCAGCUUCACAGAUGUUGAGCUAAACUUUGGUCUGGAAGUAAUCGAGCAUCAUCCCCAAGACAAUUUGAGCAUCAUACAUUGUAUAAGAUCUUUACUUAAAACUUUGGUCAUAACUGUUAAUCAGCCAAGUUUGUCUGUUAGCUGUGUAUCUCAUGAACCAGAGGACAGAUUUUAAUUCAACUGACAGAAACUAAUCACUGGAUGGAAAUCUAUAAUGGAUUGUAUUUAGGAGUAGCAACAAUUCAAGGAGGCCACUAUAGCUAACCAACCUAAGCAAACAAAGUGACUAUAACUGAGCAAAUCUUACAGGAAUCAAACUAAAUUUUGGUGUGUAAGAGCUAAGAGUCAUUCACAACACGUGCUGUGUACUACUCUUGAGCUCUCACAGUAUUGCAUGAUAUCCAUACAGUACCAGGUUUGACUUCAACAGCUAUACCUCUGUUAAAUUGAUUCCUUCAAUCUUCAAUUAUAGAUUUSUUUGUACAGAGCUUACAUCACACGCCACUAGCUUCCAGUAUAAGUUAAUAUCUUUCUAAGUGAGAAGCCUGAUGUUUUUGUUUUUAUUGAUACACAGCAUUUAUUURGUCCUACACACUACUGCUGCCAGCAGGGUUGUUAACACGUGGAAAGGGAAUGACCCUUUAUCCAGGGAUAGUAGUGUUACUUUUGCACAGCUUGUCACAGUAAUGAAGCAUGUUCUAUGUUAUGUUACUUCUCCUUUACCACUGGAUGAAUGGAACUCUGUAAUUUAUGGUUUUGUUUCAACAUGAGAACAAAAAUAGAAACUGUACUUUUUUAGGAGGAGGCAUCCAAAUGGUUUUAGCUACUUCUGUUUUCAAAUCUAGCAAAUGAUUGUACUUUUUGCAAGCAGCUUGUUUGGUUUUUUUUUUUUUUUUACCUCCUUUCAGCUACUUUUAAUCAAUAAUUUCUGCUCAGAGGACAGAUGCAGCACAAUGACAGGAUUAAUAGAUCGCCUUAAAAUUACUCCCAGAAUGAUUUCUCUGCUUUUGACUCAUUUCGUGCAGCACCACCUGCACCAUCAACAGUGUCUACAAUCAAAAUGUUUAAGCACAUAUGUUUACUGAGUGUUUACAUUAUUAGACUACCUGAUGAUUUGAAAACUUUUUAUGACAGACCUGCAGAAGCAGUGGGUGUUUCUGCGUCUUGGUACAUGUCAACAUUAUGAGUCGUCUACCAUCACUGUCUGCAUUCUGUUACAAAACAUAAAUCCAGGUUGAAGAAGUUCAGACAGAAAUGUUUCACUGACAAAUGAACAAGAAAACGGGUUGCUUAGUUUAGUUUCAAAGUUCUUAUUUGUUGCAUCCUUCAGGCACCAGCUACUGUAGACCAUUUGCUAAAACUAGGGUUGUAUGUGGUGAAUAAACUGCUUGUUUUUUUAUUACAGGCAUCAGCUCUAUGCAUAGAAACUGACUGACUGCUGCAGCAUGCCAGUUAUUUCCCUGCAAAGACUGUAACUCAAAUCCAGUGGAGUUAUUGAAUUUACAGCAAUAAAUGAGUGAAUCCAUGAAACUGUGUUGACACUACUUUAAAUGUUAUAAAACUUUGUCGUUUUACAGAAACCUUUGUUCAGUCAGAUGUAAGAGGAGGAAUCAUGGGUUUACUUGAGUUUUAUUCUAUAUUUUCUUCCCUGCUCAUGUUUACUUUGUACCACUGCUUUUCACACUUUUAUUCUCAUUUUGAUUGUAACAAACACAUUCUUUUAAAAUGCAUUUAAUCAGCUUUUAAAUGACUAUACUGUAGAUUGAGUGAAAGGUUAAAAAAGCAUGGAAUAAUUCAGGGGUGUUUGUUUUUAAUAAAAAUUAAACUUGUCAGGUUUUUUUUAUUACUUGAAACUUUUCUUGCUGAACAUUACCUUCCUAAAAUAAUUAUCUAACUUUUUUAAACUUUUUCUGUAAACACAAAAGACGUAACCAAAAAUCAUACACAUUAGGGUCCAUGUGAGAAGUCACAUUUUAUUCACACUGAGGCAUAAUAAAUCAGCUUAAGACACGCUCUUGACAUAGGCCAUUUUCAGGAGUAGAAUCAAAUGAUAUGAUCAGCUGUGUGUGUGUGUGUGUGUGGGGGGGGGGGGGGAAGUUUUAACACAGGUGGCUGGCAUCAUGAGAUGAUUUAAGCAAAAACAAAAAUCACUGUUGCCAAAAAAUGACUGGCAUUUAUUUUAGAAAGAGUACAAUAUGUAGAACUCAACAGUAAACAAAUGUAAAGGGAAGAUGUUACUAAAUGUAUAGCAAAGAAUAUGAAGUUCAAAUCAGUUUACACAUAAACCAUCAUAUGAGUACUUUUAAUUGUCACUAUCUAAGAUUUUUGAACAAUUGACAGCAUUUUUAAUAUUGAGUCAACACGCCUACAGUUCCCACAAUGCAUCGGGCGCGCCUCGCUUCCGGUCCUGCGCCGUUUCUGGAGCGGAUUGGAACCUGGAGUCAGGACUCGAUAAAUGAAGGCUGUUUUACCGAAAAGGUUGACAUGAUGUCUAAGCAGGCACCAGAUGAGUUUAUCUGGUGUGAGGACUGUGGUCAGUACCAUGACUCUGAAUGUCCUGAGCUGGGGCCCCUGGUCACAGUUCCAGACACCUUCGUCCUCAGCCGAGCUCGAUCAUCUCUUCCUAACAGUCUGGAGAUCAGACAUGUGGCUGACGGCGAGGAGGGGGUGUUCGUGCUGCGGCGGCUGGUCAAGAGGACCCGGUUUGGACCCUUUGAGUCUAAGAGGGUCCCCACCUUGGAGAAAGAAGGAGCGUUUCCUCUGAAGAUCUUCCAGAGGAAUGGUGCGGUGGUGUGUUUUGACCGCAGCAGCGAGGAGGACUGUAACUGGAUGAUGCUGGUGCGACCUGCCACUCAUCACACACACCAGAAUCUGACGGCUUAUCAGCAGGACGACGACGUUUACUUCAACACCUCCCAGGAUGUGCUGCCAGGAACAGAGCUGAGGGUCUGGUAUGGAGCGUUCUAUGCUAAGAAGAUGGAGAAACCCCUGCUAAAGCCUCCUCUUCAACCCCCACUGCCUCCUCCAGAUGCUAACAUAAAGAGUCUGGAGGAAAGUGAAGCCUACGUGCCCCAGGCAGAAGAUAACCAUGCAGACCUCACUUUGGAUUACGACUGUGAGGUGAAGGCAGCAGCCGACCCACUUCUACCCCAGGAGAGCCUGGGGCAUCAGGGGGCACCUGCAGCUCAGCUUGUCCGCAAAAGAGGGCACGGCAGAGGGAGGAGGGCCAGGGGGCGCAGGCUUGGAGCUGCUGCUGCCAGAAACAAACACAAAGAUGUGAAGCCCCCAGAGAAGUGGUCGGAGCCAGGGGCUUCAGAGGUAGCAGAGAUCAGCAGCCUGCUGAGUUCCCCUGACAGAGCUCCUGUCCUGAAGAGGCACAAAGCCAGAGAGCACAAGAGGGUUUACCGCUGCUCCCUCUGCAGCAAGGUCUUCCAGAACAGCAGCAACCUGAACAGACACAUCCGGUCCCACGGUGAUAAGCUGUUCAAGUGUGAUGAAUGUGAUAAGUUAUUCAGCCGGAAGGAAAGCCUGAAGCAGCACAUCUCCUAUAAGCACAGCAAGAACAUGCCUGAUCAAGACUACAAAUAUAAAUGCAACACAUGUGAGAAAUCCUUUCGCCUGGAAAAUGCCUUAAAAUUUCACAACUGUCGCACAGACGACAAGACGUUCCAGUGUGACAUCUGCUCGCGAUUUUUCUCCACCAACAGCAACCUGUCAAAGCAUAAGAAGAAACACGGAGAGAAGCUUUAUUCUUGUGAAAUCUGCAACAAAAUGUUCUACCGUAAAGACGUGAUGCAGGAGCACCACAGGAGGCACAGCCUGG